AUGGAGACUUUGACGUUGCUAAGAAGAGGAUCAAAUUGCCAGAAAAAUGUAGCCAACCGAAAAUUUCCCAAAAGGAAAAGUACCGUCAAGGCUUACGCAUGUUGGUUUUUCGGAGGAAUUUUCGGUCUUCACUUGUUUUAUCUGGAACGGGAUUCCCAAGCCUUCUUGACCUGGAGCACCUUUGGAGGUUACGGCAUUGGAUGGUUAACUGAUGUAACCAAGAUUCCUGAUUAUGUUAAGGAAUAUAACGAGGAUCCAAAGUACAUGAAGGAUUUAGCCUUCAGAAUAAGAAAUAAUAAAAAACCACCUAGUUCAUUCACUAGAUUUAUAUCUGCUUUAAUGGUAGGUUAUCUUUGGGGAAAACUUGUACUGAUUGCAAUACCAGAAGAAGCAGUUGGAGGCAUAGAUUGGAGUUUUAUGCACUGGUCUGUACCUUUUGCUGUGGCACUAGGUGUGUGGGUAGUCGGCAACAUUGGUCACCAACAAGGAGGAAUUUGGCCAACAAUUAUAGUUUCCUAUCUGAGCUUCAUAUCCAGGUGGUAUUGUCUAGACAGCAGCACAUGGCGUACUAUUGUUGCAUUCUGCGCAGUUGAAGCCUUCAAUUGGUUCUCGAAAGAAUGGAGAAGGAAACCAAGAAAGCCACAAACCUUCACCAAGAGAAUAACCACCUUAGCUCUUUGUGCUACGCUCUACAUCGCUCUGUGGACAUCAUCAUUUUAUUUUAACGGUAAAAUAAUAGAUGACAACGGUAAUGAAAUUCCUGUUCAUGAAGCUGUUCACCAAUUUUUCUCAUCACCUUUAUGGACUGAUUUCAAACAGGCACUAGUUGAUGUGUAUCAAUAUGCUCAACACCACGGAUGGUAUGAGAUAUGGAAGCAAGUUAUGGAACUUACCGAUCCGAGAAAGGAACAUGAGGCAUACCAAAUUCUUGGUCUUAGUCCAAAUGCCUCUCAAUCUGAAAUUUCAGCAAAGUUUCGUUCGUUAAGCAGGGUUUACCACCCUGAUAAGGUGAAAGAUCCUAAGCGUAGGAGAGAAGCAGAAGAGAGGUUUAUGGAGAUCAAACAGGCUUAUGAUAUCUUAUCGGAUAUGAAGAAGAGGAGGUUGAAGAAAAAUAAAGAGCCAGUUGUGUAGUUCAGUGAAAGUGAGCUAGGCAAAUAAAAAAUGGGCUCCUAUCUGAAUUGUGUAGCUCUGGAAGUUUCAAGAACAAGAUUUUCUACUAUGAGGCAAAACGGCAG